AUGGCCAGCUGCUGCGGGGAGUACGUAGGCAACGUGGCAGAAGUGCAGAACGACAUCAACACCAACAAGAUCUACGGAAGCACAGGCGAUGUUGCGAAGCAGAUCUCCGCGACAUACGGAUGCAGUCCUGUUGCCGUGGGGAGCAUGGGCAAGACUGGUGACGCCGGCUGCUCCUAUGUCAGCGUCUUCCAGAAUAUGGACCAUGCUGACCAUCAGUAUGCUGCUAACUGCGUGCCGUCCGCGGUUUGCAAGGAAGACGUGGUGGGUAUGACCAAGGGACUGAUUGCCACCUACGGUGUGGUCUUGCAGAUCCUGCAACAAAACCUUGGCUCCCUGGCCUACAUCGGUGAGGGAACCAGCACGAGCUGCUAUGAGGGCAUGAACAAGAUCAACCAGGGCCAGCUCCAUGAUGUGUUGGUCACAGAACCAGUCAAGCUGGGUUCCAUUACCAUCGGACACACCACCAAAAUUGACAUCGAGGGCAUGAAGAAGCUCGGUGUUAAAGACACUCUUUCCAACUGCAAGGAUGACUCCGAGGUUGCCUACCUUUUCAUUCACAACAACUUGUACUGGUCCAAGGACCAGUCGAACGUGAACCUCCAGGACUUCGAGAAGUUCAAGGCCAAGAAGGCGGAGGAGAAGAAGGAGCUCAAAGAGAAGAAAGAA